AGAGAGAAUGGCUAUGAUAGUUCAAACAACUGAUAGUCAAAAUAAUCGGGAACAAUUUAAUGAAGCAGCUGGCUGUGUUAAACUGUCAAUAUUGGAUUAGGUGCAGCUCAUACUGAGUGAAGAACCUCGUAGUGUUGGUCUUUGAGGAGGGCAAAAGUAAAGUGGAAUUAAAAAACAUGGCAGAUUCUGCAUGCCGCAAACUGAUCCUGAAGGCGGUAUUUUUCUGCCUCCUUAAACUUGCCUUCAGCUACAGUUUCAGGAGCUGCAUAGAGAUCCCAGAUUCUAACCAUAAAACCUUCAGAUGUAUUAAAAGUCACGAACUAGACAUUUCUACAAUUGUGCAAGAUGUGUUUUCCACAGCAACAAACCUUACAGUUUCUCGCUGUAACACUACAUCCAUUCGAGGCCGAAGCUUCGAUCAUCUGUCCAAUCUUACUUCUCUUGUACUUGACGUUAACCAUAUCUUUGAAGUCCACAAAGAUGCUUUUAAUAAUCUGCAUCAACUUCAGAUUUUAAAUCUCUCCUGCAAUAGCAUAUCAUCUCUCCACCGUGAUGUCUUCAGUGACCUCCAUAACCUCACACAGCUGCUCCUGGGAAGCAACAAACUUAAUAAUACUGAUAUGUUCCUGUUUUCCAAAUUGAAAAAUCUACAGAUUCUCGACCUACGUCGGAAUUACCUGAAAAACUUUUCCGCUUUGGUUGAAUGCAUAACAAACCUGUCCAGCUUGAUAAAACUGGACCUUUCUUUUAACAAGCUUACCACCCUGCAUCACGCCCACUGUCUGCCAGAGUCGCUUGCCACACUCUACCUCAGUGAUAAUAAACUAUACAAACUAGGAUGUGACAAGUCUUUCCUAAUGAAUGUGAAAGUGCUAGAUUUCUCAGACAACAAAAAGUUAUCAUUCGAGGCUUUUCAGGACCUGAAUCUGGAGAAUAUAACGUACCUGCGCUUGCGCUUUACCAACGUCUCUGCUAGCGAGCUUCUUAUUCAUACCAAUGUACAACCGUGGAGGAUCGACUUCUCUGGAUUGAAACUGAAGAACUCUUCUGUGCUGUCUGAUCUGUGUUCUCUUCUGCAACGUCACCUUAAAAAGAAACCCAUACCUAAAAUGUUCCUCGAGGGCAAUUCCAUAAGAACUCUAAAUAACACCACAUUUUAUCAUUGCCCCAAUAUCACAGAUGUAAUGGACCUCUCACGAAACGAAAUGAAAACAACAGGCUGCUUGCAGUUUCUGCACGGUCAAAACCAACUGAAAAGUCUCAAAAUAGAACAUAACCAUCUGACAAGCCUGAAGUCCUGCAACAAAAUGGAAAAGCUCUACAGCCUGAGAAACCUAAGCUAUCGAUACAAUCGAAUUCUACAGGUCAGUCCUUUUGCCUUCAGUAACACACCAAAAUUAACAAAGCUUGAGCUAAAUAUAAACAUAAUUGCCUAUAUGGACCAUAAAGCCUUAAGUGGACUCAAAGAUCUUGUUACACUUCGUCUCGACAACAACCUUUUGACCGAUGUCUACAACGACAGCUUUGAAGAUCUUACCAGCCUGAAGACUCUCAACCUGCGCAACAACCAAAUAGCUGUAAUUUUCAACUAUACCUUUCAUUCUCUGUCAAAUUUAAGCAUUUUAGAUUUAGGCGGGAACAAGAUCACUCAGCUGAAGCCACAUGCAUUUGAUGGGCUGCAUAGCUUGGCCAAUUUGUAUUUAGAUAGAAAUCGUCUGAAUAUGAUUGAUAGCCAUCUCUUUGGGAAACUUCAUGCCACCCUGCAGGUGCUUGAUUUACAGGAUAACCACAUUCAGUAUUUGAAAGAGCAUACAUUCUCGCCAUUUAUUAAUAUGACGAGGCUUCUCGACCUGAAACUUGAUGCGCAGAAACCGAAUGGCAUAUACUUGUUGCCCCGUGCGUUUUUCCGGGGUCUAACUUCUCUAAAAAGUCUUUACCUCACCAACAACCAUAUCAUUGGAUUUGGUGAUGAAACAUUUGAUGACCUAAAAAGCUUGGAGUUCUUAACUCUAGUCGACUCGUGUGUCGGGAUCGCCCAACUCAAACCUGGUAUUUUCAAAAACCUUCGAAAAUUGAAAAUGUUAUUUGUUGAGAACAUGGGGAUUAAAUCUUUUACAAAAGAGGUCUUUGGAAAUUUGACAGGACUAAAGACUCUACAUCUGAAUCGCAACGCCAUGACGUCUUUGGACAUCAGUUUACUGGACAAUCUGACCAAUCUAACAUACAUUGACAUGCGCAGUUGUCCUCUCAGUUGUGGCUGCCAGAAUACUGAUCUGCAGAACUGGACCGUAAGCAAUAAGAGACUCCAAUUUCCAUAUCUUUACAAUAUUACAUGCCAAGACCAUCCAGGCUCAUAUUUUCACAACUUUGAUACUAAUGUGUGUUAUCUGGACAUAGAACUCUACCUCUUUUCCUUAACUUUUACAUUCACAAUAUUAUUUACCUUAAUACCAUUUCUCUACGUCAGACUUUAUUGGAAGUUUAAGUACGGCUACUAUGUGUUUCGAUCAUGGUUUGGAGAACAGUGGCGUCGCUUAAGGGACCAGGAAGAGAAAUACAAGUAUGACGCCUUUGUGUCCUACAACUCAGCAGAUGAAGACUGGGUAAUGGAACAGUUGCUGCCGAAUCUCGAGGGCUCCUCAUUUCGGCUCUGCCUCCACCACAGAGAUUUCGAACUGGGCCGCGAUAUUGUCGACAACAUUGUGGCUGCUGUGUAUGGAAGUCGUAAAACGAUCUGUGUGGUCAGUCAAAGCUUCCUUCGCAGUGAAUGGUGCUCACUGGAGAUCCAGCUGGCCAGCUAUCGUCUCUUUCAGGAAAUGCAGGAUGUGCUUUUGCUGGUCUUUCUGGAGCCUAUACCAAAGCGGCAACUGUCCACUUAUCACCGUAUGAGAAAGGUCAUGCUCAAAAAGACCUAUUUGCAAUGGCCAGGGUUAAAUUGUUCUGAUCCAAGCAGUGCAAAAGAACUGUUCUGGAAUCAGUUAAAGAGAGCUCUAAGGAGCAGCAACACUGGAAGCCAAGAGGAGCAGAAGAUGAAGGAGGAGAAUGCUCAGAAGAGACAAGAGAAAAACAUGGAGGAAACCGAAUAUUUUGUGAAUCAGACACCAAUAGAUGAGGAAGUAUAUUACCUGAUGCCCUGACUACAUGUAUAAAACCACAUUUAUAAUAUAAGUUUAAUAUAAUUUAAUUCAAUAAAAGGCUAUAAAUUCUGCAGGCUGCAUAUAUUACAAUAUGUAAAUAAUAAUAAUAAUGGAAAAGAUACAAACUUACCAGAAUGUAUUUUAAAUUUUUAUUAGGCUUUUGUGGUAAAAAUGUAAUGAAAAUGCAUUAAAUAAUAUAAUUAAAUAAAUAUAAAUUCAACAGCUACAAUAACUAUGAUCUACUUACUUUACAAGAGUAUUAAAUUGAAUUCUUAUAUUUUACUUUACUACGAGAUAUUUUAGCAGAUAUAAAACUAAAAUCGUGAAAUCAGUUUGAUGACCAAAUGUUAAUUUUGUACUGCUUUAUUAAAAGGAUAUAACAAAAUCUUAUUUUUACAGUAUAAUGAAGAAAAAAAAGAGUCACUUUUACUACCAGUGUUACAAAGUAUAUACAAAUAUAUUAGAGAAAUCAUAAUGUAAGUACUCUAAACUCUCAAAUACAAAUCACAUGUAGAGGUGAUGGUCUUUUUAAUUUUUGUAAACAUAAAAAGGUAAAUCUGUAAUGCAAAGAAAAAAUGUUUUACUCGUACAACGACAGUAAGAAGAUAGUUGGAGCACAGCAUCACCUAUGAUGAUAAGAUGAGAUUAGCCAUGGCAAACAGUCUUUUCUACAGGUAAAAAGGAGGGUAAAAUGGUGUGUUUGACCUGGGACACUGAGUCAAACCAAGCCAGUCUGACCUGGAUGUGUUAGAUGGACGUGGACACUGAAAAAAGGGCUCGGACUUAAAGCCCUCUGAGAGAUAGGAAGCUGAGAAUGAAAAGGGAGCCCAUCUUUCUCUUUCAUCCUGAACUCGCUGCUGAGGGGACCAGAAUCUGGAUCCUCCAAAAUAUGGCUCUUCUGGACACUGUUGAGAGAUUCUGGAGGGAUCUAAAUGUAUACUUUUCAAACUCUUCCCUGUGCUCAGUGUCUGCUGCUGGGAAUAGGAGUUCACAGAAUGAUCAAGCCAGGUGGGGGCUCUGAGUAAAGGGACGGCAUGCUGGGUAAAGGUCUGGCUCUGGUUAAAGAGGUGUCUGCUGGGAUGAUGCUGAGCUCUGAAGCAAUCCUGGUCAAACUGCAAAGACUGACCAAACAAAUUCAGAUGCAAAAAAUAUCCAUAGAGCCCUGAACUGCAAGUAGUAAAAAUUUCUUUCCUCUUUAAUAGUCUAGUUUACGACAACAUUGGUAUUAUUUGGACUUUAAACUUUGAGACAUUAAACUUUGUGUCUGAUUUCACUGACUCACCAUGUCUGUGUGUGACUGUUGUGGUUCUUCUAGAGAGAAUGGAGGGAAAGAUGUGUUCCACUCUUGUAUCCUUUGUUUCUUGGUGGAAGCUCCUCUGUUCAAGUCCAGCCUAAAUUCCUCUGCUACGUAAUCGUGCUGUAUGGCACUGUCUAGGAAGCAGAGAGGUCAUUUCAAACUUUUUUCAUGUACACAAAUAUUAUACCAUGAGACAAUGGUUAAUGACAUGACACUCAUUUUUGUCAGGAUAUAAAAAUGCAAUUGAUUCAUAUACCCUCUGUAUAACACAGACGAGCCUUAAGCCUAAACCCAGAAUAAAAAUGAAUGUUUGACCUGUUUUAACUGAAAGAUACCUGCACUGACAUAUCUUAAAAUAUGUCAACAUCAUUGUUUUGUCUUAAGAUGCACACCAGUAAUGUUUUUUGUCUAAGACACAUUUAUAAAAGCUCCUUAAAUGCCAUUAUUGAACUAAGGCUUAAUCCUGGCUUAAUCUAAGCUCUGUUUGUGAAACAGGGCCAUAAUGAUUUGAAUAAACCUCUUCAAUGAUA